GUCAAGUCCCAGAAGAAGAAGAAGAAGAAGUUCUCUCUCUCUCUUGUUCUCUCUCUCAAACACACACACACACACACACACACACACACACAGACACACACUCAGAGACCCACACCACAGAGUUCACUAAGCUCCACCUUACCGGGUAUUCAUUAAAUGGCCGAUACUCGCCGGCGACCAUGAAGAUUUCCGGCGACUCUCACCGACCAACUCCGCCAUUCGCGGAGAGCAUUGCUCCCAACUCGCGAAACCCUUCGCCGGGCUCGGAUCUUCAACCACUGCAGAGAACCUCCCGCCGGAAAGCCAGAACCCCGGCGACCCGGGUGAGGCGAAUCGGGGCACCGAUCGGAAAACGGAGCAGGCCCGAAACCCCUUCGUCGAAGUGGAAGAUCAACGAUGACAGAGAGAGGAACGGCGGCGGCGAUUCGCUGGAGGAGUUCGGCCGGAAAUCCAGCCGGAAAAGGGAGGUUGCAGUGGCGGAGGCCGUGUCGGCGAGGAAACUCGCUGCCGGAUUGUGGCGGCUGCAGCUGCCGGAGUUGGCAGAGGGUGAUCAUGGAAAGCAUGGUGGGUUGAGAAGGAAAAAUGUGGAUCGGUUGAGACUUGAGCAUGGAAUUAACCAGGUAGACUACCCAUUUCUCAGUCAUCGAAAUGGCAUGGUGCAUGGUUCUGAUAUGAAGAAUCCAUCACAAAGUCCUUGUUCCAUUUCUGGGACAAAGGAUGGACACUUUUGUGAGUUUUCCAGUAAUGCAAUGGAGGGAGCAACAAAGUGGGAUCCUGUUUGCUUGAGAACUUCAGAUGAGAUGCAGAAUAUCUACAGCCAGAUGAAACUUCUUGACCAAAAGGUAAGCACUGUUUCUGCUGUAUCUGCUCUUGAAGCUGAACUAGAGCAGGCUCGUGCACAGAUUCAGGUGCUUGAGACUGAACACCACUCCUCCAAAAAGAAACUUGAGCAUGUUUUGAAGAAAGUCAACGAGGAAAGGACCACAUGGCGGAGCAAAGAGCAUGAGAAAAUUCGUGCGUACAUUGAUGACAUUAAAGCAGAGUUGAAUCGAGAAAGAAAAAGUCGCCAAAGGAGUGAAAUUGUAAAUUCCAGGUUGGUUAAUGAGUUGGCAGAUUCGAAGUUAUUAGCAAAACGCUACAUGCAGGAUUAUGAGAAGGAAAGGAAGGCCAGAGUAUUGAUCGAGGAAGUGUGUGAUGAGCUUGCUAAGGAAAUUGGAGAAGACAAGGCUGAAAUUGAAACAUUGAAGAGGGAAUCUAUGAAACUUAGGGAAGAAGUGGAAGAAGAGAGAAAGAUGCUGCAGAUGGCUGAAGUAUGGCGUGAAGAACGUGUUCAUAUGAAAUUGAUAGAUGCAAAAGUUGCUCUUGAUGAGAAGUAUUCACAUAUGAAUAAACUUGUAGCAGAAUUGGAAACCUUUCUUAAUAAUGUGAACCCAAAUGCAAAGGAGAUGAAAGAGGCACGGUCACUUCAACAGGCUGCAGCUGCUGUGAACAUCCAAGACAUCAACGGAUUUUCAUACGAGCCGCCCAAUCCAGAUGAUAUUUUUGCCAUUUUUGAGGAAGUAAAUUUUGGUGAACACAACGAGAGGGAGAUUGAACCAUGUGUUGCUUAUUCUCCAUCGAGUUAUGCCUCAAAGAUUCACACAGUGAGUCCUGAAGCCAACUUGAUAAGUAAGGAUAGUUUUCAGAGACGUUCUGAUGUAUUUAUGGAUGACAAUGAUUAUAUAGAAGAAGAUGAAAGUGGAUGGGAAACUGUGAGCCAUGUUGAGGAUCAAGGAUCAAGUUGUUCCCCAGAAGGGAGUGCUCCAUCAGCGACCAAGAAUCAUCGAGAGAGUAAUGUCUCAGAGAGGAGUGUGCUUGAAUGGGAAGAAAAUACAGGUGAAGAGACCCCAACUACUGAAAUUAGUGAAGUCUGUUCAGUAUCAACUAAGCCAUCAAAGAAGGUAUCAUCGAUUGCAAAGCUUUGGAGGUCAGGCCCAAACAGUGGGGAUAAUUACAAGAUAAUCUCUGUGGAGGGAAUGAAUGGAAGGCUUUCAAAUGGAAGGGUAUCUAGUGGGGCCAUCAGUUCUCCUGACUGGGGACAUGGAAAAGUUGAACUAAGCCCCCAAGACCUUCUAUGCCAGUUGAGUUCUCCUGAGUCAGGAAAUCAGCAUAAUCGAGGCAUGAAAGGAUGCAUUCCUCGCAAUGCACAGAAGAAUAGUUUGAAAGCCAGACUUAUGGAGGCUAGGAUGGAAAGCCAGAAGGUUCAGUUGCGCCAUGUUCUUAAACAGAAGAUUUAGAUGUGAACAUAGGCAAAGAUUCCUCACCUGUAUAACUGAAGAAUAACCCACAAGCAGUAGUUUUUUUGAAUUGUGGAAGGGCAAAUCUGCUGCUUCUAGAAAAACUGCUUGGAAAUGAUGAAGGACUAUGAAAAAUGCACUUUUCCUGCCUCAGACUUUGGCCAUGUUUCUGUUCUUCAUUAUCACUCGCAUUAAGCGUUGAGCAGAUAAUAUUUUCAUCCCCUUGUGCCAAUGCCUCAAUAAUCAUCUUGGGAAAUACCCUGAUUUGUAUUCUAUAAUGAUCGGCCUUGCUUCAUUUUGUGUAGGAUUCUAUAAAAAUUAUGAGAAGCAUGAUGCUUGUAUUGUAUCAUUUUAAGUCUGAGGACAAAUAUGAAGGGAAAACAGAUCAUCAUGAAUUGUAGAUGAUAGCAUUUAUCUUUUCCGCAAUUUGAUUUUCUGUCAUAGUAGAUAUGUGACUUUGAAUUUGUCAUUGAUUGUAGGAGAUGACAAGGAUGAUAUCUGGUCCCAGCACAAAAAAAUGACCGUAGCUAUAAAAGUUAGUACU